UUAUGGGCGUGGCUAACAAAGUUGCUAUGGAAACAAGUUUGCAUCCAACCAUGAGAGCCUAGCCACCUCAAUCUUGCUAAUGUUGACUAGACUUCACUUGAAACUUUUUAAAACUUGAAACUUGAAAGUUAAUAAUGUCUGUCUCGUAUGCAUCUAGUCGUUUGAGUGUCCCGCUGGGUUUUGAGUACAUCCUGGAGAGUCUUGCUCGAGAGGUCCUCAGGGAGCAACCUAAAGACAUCAUCGCUUUUGCUGCUGAAUACUUCAAGGGAAAGGUGAUAGUCAGAGAUGAGGGAGGAAUUUUAGACACUCCACUGCACAAGGCAACCACUGAUGCAAGGCCUACUACUGAAGACAGUCCAGUAGAACUAGUGGAAGGACCACAGGAAGACACACAUGCAAGAGAUACGAACAAUGCUAGUGCUGAUGAGGGUUCACAACCUGGUGUUACUGAAGAUGAACUAACAGCGGAUACCAGUAGAGCAACUUCUCCUGAGAGUGAAGCCGUUCCAUCCACAUAUGAAGAAGCAGCAAAAGAUGAAAGUGAGGAUAGUCCCCCGGAGAAUGCUCCACCCAGUGAGACAGCUGAUGAAGGGGCAGAAGACGGUGAUGAAGAAGUGGGUGUGGCACAGGAAAUGAAAGAGGGAACGACUGACGAUGAUGUCACUGAAAGUGAAGAUGAUAGCAAAGCAAAGGAUGACCAACCAGCACCCGAAAGUGAGCCAGAGGUUACCAGUGGUGAGGGGGAGCCUGUUGUAGAGGAGCCAGUACUUGAAAGUGAGCCAGAGGUUACCAGUGGUGAAGGGGAGCCUGUUGUAGAGGAGCCAGUACUUGAAAGUGAGCCAGAGGUUACCAGUGGUGAGGGGGAGUCUGUUGUGGAGGAGCCAGUACUUGAAAGUGAGCCAGAGGUUACCAGUGGUGAAGGGGAGCCUGUUGUAGAGGAGCCAGUACUUGAAAGUGAGCCAGAGGUUACUAGUGGUGAAGGGGAGUCUGUUGUGGAGGAGCCAGUACUUGAAAGUGAGCCAGAGGUUACCAGUGGUGAGGGGGAGCCUGUUGUGGAGGAGCCAGUACUUGAAAGCUCGCCAGAGGGUGGUGAUGUAGAGCCUGUUGUAGAUGAGCCUGUGACAGUUGAAGCAGAUCCUGUGGAGAGCACCAGUGCACAAGAAAAUCAAGAAGAGCCCUCUGAGCCUGAGCAAGGAGACACUGAAGGUGAGGUAGCUCCCUCCAGCACCAGUUUAGCAGAAGGCCCUGAAGAGACAGAGCCUGAGUCCACACCUGAGAGUAGAGUAGAUAGUACACCCCCUGGGGACGAACCAAGCGACCAGCAGACUGCCAAUAAGGACACACCUACUGAUGAUGAACAAACUCAAUAGACUUAAACACUUGCUAUAGUUAGAGAUCAUGUUAAUUAUUACCAUUAUCAAUUACGUAAUAAUUAUUAUUGUUGUGA